UGGGGUAGACUGCGCGGCGGCGGGAGGUGAGGAGCUGCCGGUGAGGAGCGGCGCCGCUGUGGAAUCCCGCCAUUUUUGAACUCUCGAGUUGAAGCGGAGCGACGGGCUCUCCCCUUUGGACCAUUCCCGUUACUGCGGUGCGAACGGCGGGAUUGGAUAGGCCUUGAUCGCCCGGCCCAUCUCCUACGGAGCCGGCCAACCGGCCGGCGCCCACAUAGGACCAUGGCGCCGCUGCUGGGCAGGAAGCCAUUCCCGCUGGCGAAGCCGCUUACCGACAUAACGUCAGAGGAGACAAUCUACGUGAUCGAGCACAGCGGCGAGGGAUUCCGGAGCAACGAAGAAUAUGAAAGUCGACUGUCUAGGUACGCAGAGCGAAUCUGGACGUGUAAAAGUACGGGCAGCAUUCAGCUCACUCACAAGGAGGCCUGGGAGGAGGAGCAGGAAGUAACUGAAUUGCUAAAGGAGGAGUAUCCAGUAUGGUUUGAAAAGCCUGUAUUGGAAAUGGUUCAUCAUAGUACCUUGUCCUUGGACAAACUAGUUGACAAAACUUGGAUGGAAAUCAUGACUAAGUUUGCUUUGGGAGAGCGGUGUGAAUUCCAGGUUGGGGAAAACAAAAUCCUUCCAGUGGUGGUGGUAAAAGUACAUCCUCUGGAAAUGAAGCAAGAGUUAUCUUCUGAGAAGAAAACUGAAGGAUCGUGCAAUUCACCUUCAAGUGACAAGGAGAACUCCAGUCAGGUGGCACAAGAUAAUAACCUUGGUCCAGAAGUCUGUAUCAAAGUGGAGAGCAAGAGAGAAGGCAACACCAGUGACAGAGCUCGUCGAUCACCACGCAAGUUACCCACAAGCCUCAAGAAAGAAGAGAAGAAAUGGGUUCACCCAAAAUUCCUACCCUACAAAUAUGAUGUAAAACUGCUGGAAGAGGAUAAAAUUAUAAGUAAUGUUCCAACUGAAAGUCUCAUCCGCUCGGAGCGGCCACCAAACAAAGAAAUCCUGCGCUAUUUCAUCAGGCAUAACUCGAUGCGAAUGGGGAUGGGUGAAAAUGCACCCUGGGUGGUGGAAGACAAACUUGUGGAGAAAUAUUCUUUGCCCAGUAAAUUCAGUGACUUCCUGCUGUCUCCAUACAAGUACAUGAUUCAUAACCCUGUUGUGAAUUUGGGGAAACGAAAAAAUUCUGGUUCAACGGAGGGAAAGCCAUCGAAAAAACCAAAAGGAAAUGGAGAUCCAAACAAAGAGACAAGCAAGAAACGGAAAGGUGGAAAUAAAGAUAAGAUCCCUCUUAAUCCACCCUUGAGUCCAACAUUAUGGGGACAUGUACAUGUCAAAAAGACCAUGAAUGGUACGGAAAUGGAGUAUAGUCCUAAAAGAUCUCCAGAACAAGAACUGGAAGAAGUCAUGAAGAUUGUAACUCCGACCAAACUGAACACCAAUUUCCACAUUCCCAAAAAGGGCUCAAAAGCUGUCCGGAAUUUUAAAAAGUUGCAAACUAAGGAUAAAAUGAACAAAAAAGAGAAAUCAAAGAAUAAGAAUAAGUUGCUUAAUGGGCAGAAAUCUCCAGGGAACAGCAAAUCUCCAAAAAAAGGUCUGAAAACUCCAAAGACAAAAAUGAAGCAGAUGACGCUGUUUGAAAUGACAAAAUCAAGUACUAACAAGUCAGGAAAGACACAAAAAGGUGUUGGGGGGGCAUCAAGAUCUGUGACGAAGCCUCAGAAAUAUUUGCCACCCUUAGCAUUACAAUUCCUUCGAUAUUUCAAAGAUAACAAAGGCAAAGAAGAGAAAAAGGGUGCCGUUUCUGCAUUUGUUACUCGGGUAGCCAAAGUGCUUUCUGCUGAAGAUCGUGCUCGCCUACCAGAUGAAGUAAGAGAUCUUGUGCAGAAACGUUAUGAGAUAUUGGAACAUAAGAGGAAAUGGGCAUUAAUGAGCCUGGAAGAGCGAGCAGAUUAUCACAAGAAAAAACGUGAAGAGCUGAGGAUAAGGCUGAAAGAAAAGGCUAAAGAACGGAGAGAGAAGGAAAUGCAAUUAAAAUUAGAGAAGCAGAAGAGGUUUGAAGAUCAGGCUCUUGCCGGAAAGAGUUUACCUCCACUAAAGCUAGUUGAUACACCAGAAGGCCUCCCCAACACACUUUUUGGUGAUGUUGCUAUGGUAGUUGAGUUUCUCAGCUGUUAUGCUGGUCUGUUGAUGCCAGAUGACCAAUAUCCAAUCACAGCAGUUUCCUUGAUGGAAGCACUCACCUCCGAAAAGGGAGGUUUCCUCUAUUUGAACAGAGUACUGCUAAUCCUCCUUCAAACUUUGCUACAGGAUGAAAUUGCGGAGGACUAUCGAGAACUAGGGAUGAAGCUAUCAGAAAUCCCCCUCACUUUGCACUCUGCUUCGGAGUUGGUUCGGCUGUGCAUGCGCAAAUCUGAUGUGCAGACUGAAAGUGAGAUGUCAGAAACGAAUGAGGAUUGUAAAGACUCUGUAGAGUUUGAAGACAAUGAAGUUGCAGAUGAAUUUCUAGAUAAGCUGGAAACUUCCGAGUUCUUCGAAUUGACCCCAGAAGAGAAAGUGAAGAUUCUAACAGCACUUUGCCAUCGGAUAUUGAUGACCUAUUCAGUUCAGGAUCACAUGGAGGACUUGCAGCAUAAAUCUGCAGAACUUUGGAAAGAGAGGCUGGCCAUGCAAAAAGAGGAAAAUGACCGGAAAAAGGCUGAAAAGCUGAAGAAGAAGCAAAUAGAGACAAAAAAGAGAGAGCCAGAAAAUAUCAAAAUGUGUGACAAGAAAAAAGAGAAGAAGGAAUUUGAUAAGAAACUGGAGGCUGACAAAGGUGGAAAUGAUCUAUUGGUAGAUGUCAAUGGCAGUGAAGACCUCAUUAGUGCCAUUAAAAGUAGACGGCAAAUGGCAAUGCAAGCAAAAAAGGAGAAAGAGGAACGGGAAAAGCAGGAGAAAGAGAGGAUGGAAAAAGAAGUGGAAGAAGAGAAGAUUCGCAAGCAAAAAGCAGCAGCUGAGAAGGCUUUCCAGGAGGGAAUUACAAAGUCCAAACUUGUCCUUCAUAGAUCACCAUUGGGCACAGACCGCAACCACAAUAGGUACUGGCUAUUUUCUGAUCUGGUACCUGGACUGUAUGUGGAGAAGGGAUGGGUCCAUGCUGGUAUCGAUUAUAGCUUUACCCUUCCAGAAGAAUAUACACAUCACGAAGAAGAUCCUGACUCUAAAAGCAAUGAUGGCGACAGCAUUGCUGAGAGCAACUUUAACGACAGUGGCCACCAGGGGUCCUCCUAUACAGCAGAAAUUUGCAUUGAAACCACUGUGCCUAAACAAGGACAGAAUCUAUGGUUUGUGUGUGACACCCAGAAGGAACUUGAUGAGCUCCUGAAUUGCUUCCAUCAGCAAGGAGUCAGAGAAAGUGCCCUGAAAGAGCGACUUCAGAAAAAAUACCAUGAUAUUCUUCAUUCACUCCACUAUGCCCGGAAACCAAACCUUGGUCUAAAGUCCUGUGACGGCCAUCAGGAACUCCUCAACUAUCUCCGAACAGACCUCAUUGAGGUGGCAACCCGACUGCAAAAGGGAGGGUUGGGAUACAUGGACAAAUGUGAUGAAUUUGAGGAGAGGGUGCGAUCGAUGGAUGAUCUGAAGGAUUUGGGAGAGUGCGUAAUCACACUUCAGGAGUGUAUAAUAAAGAAAUUUCUCCAAGGUUUCAUGGCUCCCAAGCAAAAAAAGAAAGCAGGCGAGGAAGUAAAAGUGGAGGAAGUGGAUGAGGAAAAGAAAAUGGCUGAAGAAGCUAAGGUUGCUUCUGCAUUGGAGCUAUGGAAAAGUGCUAUCCGAGAGGCUCAGACCUUCUCUCGCAUGCACGUGUUGCUGGGAAUGCUGGAUGCCUGUAUAAAAUGGGACAUGUCAACUGAAAAUGCUCGGUGUAAAGUAUGCCGCAAGAAGGGUGAAGAUGACAAGCUGAUUCUAUGUGAUGAAUGUAACAAGGCUUUCCACUUGUUCUGUCUGAGGCCAGCCCUUUAUGUAAUACCAGAUGGAGAAUGGCUCUGUCCGGCUUGUCAGCCAGCCACAGCCAGGCGUGGCACACGAGAUAGAAAUUAUGCUGAGGAGGAAGAUGAAGCUGAUGAGGAGGAGGAGGAAGAAGAAGAAGAGGAGGAGGAGGAGGAAGAAGAGGAGGAAGAGGAAGAUGACUAUGAGGAGCGAGAAGGGCCUAGACUCAGAUCGAGACUCAGGAAAGCUGCCAAAGGAAGAUCAGGGCCUCAGACCCGUCCUCAGAGACAGGCCAAACAGUCGGGGAAGAAACGGUCAUCACACGUUCAUGGCAGAAACACUCGACACAAGACGUCACCUGUCAAUGGAGUGGACAUUGAUGAGCUGGUGCAACAAAGAACAAAGUACAGAUCGAGAAGACUAAAUCUGGAGCUGACAAAGUGUGAAGAAAUCCUGAACAAGUUAGUCAGAUCCAGAUACAGCUGGCCCUUCAGAGAGCCUGUGACAACGGAAGAAGCAGAAGAUUAUUUUGAAGUUAUCUCCAAACCUAUGGAUUUGCAGACUAUGCAGAGCAAGUUUUCAUGCAGCAACUACAGAUCUGUGGAAGAAUUUCUUGAGGAUAUAAAGUUGGUGUUUAACAAUGCAGAAUUGUAUAAUCAGGAAGGAAGCCAGGUUCUCACCUGUGUUGAAAAAACAGAACGAUGCUUCAUUGAGAUAUUGCGGAAACACCUCCCCAACUACAACUACAGAAGAGGCAAACCACGAAAAGGCAUCCAAAAAAGGACAAGGUUGGUGCAGGUAGAGUUGGAGGAAGAGGAUGAGGAUGAGGAGGAGGAAGAGAUGGAGGAGGACGAGUACGUUGACAGUGAUGCAGAAUCAAGUGAACAUUCCAUCCCACCACGCAAACGUCGGAAGUGAAUUACAAAUAGCCAAGAUUUCUAAAUAAUGAUGGAUGUAGUAAUUAUUUUGGAAACUGCAAACAUGUUUGUACUUUAAAUGUUUACGUUGACUGAUUUAAAAUACUGGAUCAAAUACAUAACUUCAACCUGACUUGGACACUUUCAUAGGAAUAUAAAAAGGUUGAAACCAAAAGCUCUUAUAGAAUUUUGUAAUCUCUUGUGCAGUUGGGAGGAUUUGUGAGGCUGAGGGCUAGGAAGAUCCUUGUUUUAUUAAAAAUGGUUGUGAAAUUAAGUUCAUUGAUUGUAGCUCUGUAGUUCUCAUUACAUGAACACCAUACAGAACUUUUGCAUUAAUAUUUCUGUCCUUGUAUCAGCUUUCAGCGUAAAGUCUUUCAUAAUUAUUCAUCUUUGAAAUAGAGAUGUCAUUACUGGGAAUUAGACCUCAAAGUGGUCAGUCGUUGGUGCAUUCUAAAAAUAGUACAUUGCUGGAGAAAACUUGUACAGGAGUGGCAGCUCCAGCAGAUUGAAGGCCAAGGCUCAAUAACAGGCUGUGCCAGGUGCCACACACAAUUCAUCACCAGCAUCUGUUUUAUCCAGCUGCAUUUUAAGUUUGACCAUAUAUCAGAAUAGAGUACGUUGUAAAAGUAUUCAGCCCCCAACCCUUUGUUCACAUAAGUGAGUACAGUAUUGCAGCCAGGGAAUCAUAUGCUCCUUUUUCACAGUAAAACCCAAAAAUACAGGGACAGUUGUAAAGCGUGAAAAACUAAAAAUUCAAAUACUAACAUGUCAGCAGUUCAAAAGUAUUCAUCCCCCUUUGCUCAGUACUUAGUUGAACCAUCUCUCGCAGCUAUUAUAGCCAGUAGUCUUUUUGGAUAAGUCUCUUAGCUUUGCAGAAUGUGAUGGAGCAAGAUUUGCCCAAUCCUCCUUGUAAAAUUGCUCAAGGUGUGCCAGGUUAGUUUGGGAGCAGCGGUGGACAGCAAUCUUGAGGGCUUGCCAGAGAUAUUCAGUCGUGUUAAGGUCAGAACUCUGACUGGGUCACUCAAGAACAUCAAUCUGCUUCACUUCAAGGUACUCCAUGGUUGCUCUGGCCGUGUCCUUUGGGUCGUCCUGCUGAAAGACCAACUUUCUCCUCAGUUUAAGCUCUCUGGUAAUGGCUAUCAGGAUUUUAUUCCAGGAUCUCUGUAUUCAGCGGCAUUCAUCUUCCCAUGAAUCCUGACUAGAAUUCCAGUCCCUACUACUGAAAAUCAUCCCUAUAGUGUGAUGCUACCUCCACCAUACUUCACAGUAGGGAUGGUGUUACCUGGGUGAUGUACAGUAUUAGAUUUACGCCACGUGUACCAUUUAGUGUUGAAGCCAAAAAGUUCUUUUAGUUCCAUCCGACCACAAGACCUUCUUCCACAUCUUUACAAUAUCUUCUAAGUGACGAUUUGCAAAAUCUUUACAGGCAAAGAUGUGCUUUUUUUAUUUUAGCCAGAACUUCUUCCUUCCCUCAUAAAUACCCUUUUUGUGCAAGGCCUUAGAGUUUGUGGAAUCAUAAACUUCAUCUCCAGAUGCAACCACUGACUUCUGCAGCUCAGUCAGAGUGAUUGUUGGCAUCACAGUUGCCUCUCUUACAAGUGCCAUUCUUCAGUGAUUCAGCUCAGAGGGACAGCCUGACCUCGGCAGUGUGGCCGUCGUUUCAUAUAUUUUCCGUUUUUCUCAUAGAGCUCCAAGGUAUGUUUAGUGCCUUUGAGAUGGUCUUGCACCCUUCUCCAGAUUUGUGCUUGUCUAUUAUCUUUUCCCUGAAUUGUCUUGAAUGCUCUUUGGUCUUUUUGGUUUGGUUUGUUGAAAAUCUACCAUAUUGUUGACCUUGGGGAGAGAGGGGAUAUUUAUUCUUAAGAAUUUAUUGAAAACAGAUGAUCUUCCAACUUUCUGCAUAAAUUUGGGUAAGUUGGUUAGGUAAUACCUGUAUAUUUCACCUGAUACAAAGGGGAUGAAUACAGCCUUACAAUUUUUUUUUUAAUUUUUAGCAAAUUGGUGACAGGUUUCGCAGUUUUUCUUUUCAUUUGACAUGGUGCACAAUGUUUUGUAGAUUAGCUCAAAAAAUCCUUCAAUAUAUUUUUAAUAUAGAAAAUGGGACAGUAAAAUGGGGAAAUAGUUGUGGGGGCUGAAUACUUUUUCAAGGCACUCACUGUAAGUGUAAAAUAACCCUGCGUUGAUCACAGAACAGUAUUUUAAAUACAAAGCUGCUUUCUAUUCUAACAAAGUCCUACUACUUGAGUAGAAUCCGUGCCCCUAAAAAGACGUGUAAAACUUGAGCUUCUUCUGAACUUCCAACCUUCUUCUAUGUCAUUGGAUGACUGUGGCCUGGAAACAGCUAUUUGCUGAUGAGCAGGUGAUGAACACCCUAAACUGGUGAGAGAUGCUUAGUUUAUAGGCAUCUCCAUUUCAAAACUGGAGUGUGAUUAGUCCUCGCCAACAGAGAGAAUUGUCCGAUAUGUGAUGACAAUAUUUGUAUUUUGAUCAUCUACUCUGAAAUCUCUGGUCUAACCAAAGGGUGUUUUAAUACAUUGGGUGUCUAGUUACUGACAACUGGAGAUUAUGCUUUCAGUACACGCUGCAGAUGGUGCAAGCUAACAUCACACUGUGAUAGAACAAAAAUGUUCUAUGACAUCUAAUGCGUGUUGGUUGCCAACAAUGUUGCAUUUCACUUGUAGGGUUGUCUGGUCUUGUGAUUGCUGAUCAGAUGGUUCUCCUGUAAUGCAAUGGUAUUUUUGAAGAAUUGUAAAGUACUCCUUUUGUGUGGAGAUUUGUACAGUGCAUACAGAUGUGUAGACCUAACCAGCAGAUUAAGAUUCUUGUGGCACAACUUGAACUUGUUUCCAUCUGCCCCUUUACCGUAGUUUGUAUAAAUAACUGAUUAUUAUUUGAGUAUUUGUGAGCAUCAGGUUCUUCAUCUUCCUUUUUGCACCACCAGAUUUUUUCCCCUAGGAGGAAGCAAAGCACUGAUCUAAAUUUCUUUUUUAUGUUCGUUUCCCCGCUUCCCAUUUGGCGUUUCACACCUUUCCUUGUCACAGUUGUGUAGGUAAGUGAUGUAGAAUAAAACUGUGGAAUUUGCAUUGUAUAUUUUCCCAAGUGUCUGUGGUAGUUGUUUGAGGAGGGCUAUACUUGUAUGAAAAAAACAUUUUUGAAAUUUUAAAUAAAAGCAAUUAUGUUUAAAACUUUGCAAAAAUGUUCUUUGUGGAUAUAACUUCAGGAAGAGUAUUCACUUUGUUUCUUGUUCUAUGUUUUUAAUGGUUUGAAAUUAGAACUGUUUUCACUGGUUGGAAGGUGUGGAUUUUGUUUGGCUUUUCCAAAUGGUAAAUACAAAUUGGGUGAGUAAUUGACACUGAAAAGUGACCUCAUAUAUUCCUUGAAAAAUGCAAUUAAAUAGGUAAGGAAACUGGAAUCAGGAAAUAUUCAAAUAAGUAACUUGAAAGCAUAUGAAGAAAUGCUUUUCUAGAGAGUGAAUUGAAAAACAAGAUAUUGAUAAUCUUGUAUAGAAUGUUCAUUAAAGUGCAGAGAACAGCCUUGGUUUGCAGAUUAUUAAGGUAAUGUAAAGUCCUUGGGAAAGAUGCAUAAGGUUUACAGACAUUUUAGAUAAGGCAAAUUUGAUCUGUCAAGGCUCUACUGCGUUUUCUCUCAAAUAUUUAUUCAAUUCCCUUUUAUGGAGACAAUUUACACUACUUUAUGAAGUAUUGUAUUUUGAAUCCUAGCCACCAGUUGCAUGGAUUUUAGUAAUGUUUGUUUACCUAGUGCCAUAAAAGCAUUUUCUCUGGUCAUCAUGUCUUCUGCCAUUGGAAAGUUUUUAUUCAUCGUACUUAAUCCCUUCAGUGUUAACAAAUUCGAUCAAGGCAUUUCUAAGGAACUCAACUACAACUGCUUCUGUCUGUUCACGUAACUGUAGUCCCUCAUCCCUCGAUUGAUUCCUGUAAAUCUUUUUGUGUUUCUUUAAUCUCGUGUUCCUGGUGUGUGUACCCAGAAUUUGACACAAUACACUUGCUGAAGCAAAAACAGUUUUGUGUAGAGUUGGGUAUAAAUUUCCACUUGCUUUAUCCUGACCUGCGCUCUUCACAGAUUUCAAAGUUCGAAGUAAAUUUAUUAUUGAAAUGUGUAUGUUUGUGUCUGUGUAUGUGUAAAGUCAGUCCAUGGGUUUUGGGAGCAGUUCAGUGUUGGAGUGAGAGAAGUUAUUCUCCCUGGUUCAAGAGCCUGAUGAGUGAGGGAUAAUAGCUGUUCCUGAGUUUGAUGGUAUAAGUUCUAAAGCUCCUGUGCCACCUCCUUGAUGGUAGCAGCAACAAGGGAACGUGGCCUAGAUGAUGGAUUCUGUUUUUCCUGCCAUAGUGCUCCCAUGUAGAUGCGUUCAUUGGUGGGGAGGGCUUUACCCAUGAUGGAUGGGCUGUAUCCACUACUUUUUUUGGGCUUUUCCAUUCAAGGCAUUGGUGUUUCCAUUCCAGGCUGUGAUGCAGCCAGUCAAUAUACUCUUCACAAGUUUGUCAAAGUUUUAAAUGACAUGUCAAAUCUCCUCAAUGUUGCCGUGCUUUCUCCGUAAUAGAGCUUGCGUGCUGGACCCAGGGAAGAUCCUCUGAAAUGUUAAUGCUGCCAAAUUUAAAGUUGCUGGCCCUCUCCACCUCUGAUCCCCUGAUGAGGAUGGGCUCAUAGACCUCUGCUUUCCUUCUGUAGUCAAUAAUCAGCUCCUUGGUGUUGCUGGUGAGAGGUUUUGCAUAAUCCUCAUGGCUAGAGAUCUGUUUUUGAUCCUAUUCAAAAUUUUACCACUAGAUAUCAAUCAUCUCUCAUUCUUCCUGCAAAAAUAUUACCUUGCACAUUUUUAUCUUCAAUUUCAUUUGCCAUGUAUUUGCUGUUCCUUUA